GCUUCUGGGGCACGUUUAGUCCCGCCCGGGCACGGGCGGGACUAAACGUGCUGAGGGGACGGUUCCCGUCAGUCGUUGCGCGGGCCGCCAUGUCGGUGGCCUUCGUGCCGGAGCGGCUGCGCGGGAAGGCUGAAGUGAACCAGGAGACGCUGCAGCGGUUGCUGGAGGAGAACGACCAGUUGAUCCGGUGCAUCGUGGAGUACCAGAGCAAGGGCCGGGCCACCGACUGUGUGCAGUACCAGCAUAUCCUGCAUAGAAACCUCAUUUAUUUAGCUACAAUUGCUGAUGCGACGCCACCCAGCACACAGAAGACUGUAGACUGACCGCGUGCCUGGACACGAGCAGUGAUGCUUUAAGAAUGUGUAGAAAUACUUAAGAGUCCCACUUUGAGAGCUGAGAAGGUGUGGGCUUGAAAGGCAGGUAAAAAGUCAUCCAUACUUGCCAGGUUUUUUUACCCAUUACUAUAAGCAUAAUUUAAGGGUGAUAAUUAUCAUACUCCCUGUUCCUCUCUGAAAAACUCCAUGUAGUGUACUUCGGAAAAUAGCCCCGUUGUUGGGACAGUGCUACCAGACGCCUUUGGAGGACUUGCAGCCUCACUGAAGCAGAGACUGUUUCAUGAUGGAGGUUGUACAAUAGCAGCGUGAGCACUUGGCUAGGUAACAUCUCUCUAACUCCAGCAUGACAAAGUCAGGUAUACAUUGCCAUAUAUAUAAGCAGUAGACUGCCUUGUAUCUUGUAUUGUAGGAAUUGUGCUUAAUAAACUAAAGAUGUUCUUUUUAAAUUAUAGUAUAUUCUGGAUUAACGUAACGUUAACAAGGGAGCAGCUCAGUGAUUUAGUGAAACAGAAAUGUGAACUUUUCUAGGAAGGAUGGGACCAUUGUAUAACUUAGAGCAAUUAAGUGCAAGGGAGAAAUGAAGCCUUUAUUCCCCUGAGAGAAGGCUGCGUAUUUGCCCUAUUGUGUCAAGACUUCGUGCUUGAAGUGUGCUGUACUGCAGACUCUGUAACCAAGUAAAUUCUUGCAUAAUCAACAUGGAUUCA